AAAAAAAAAAAAAAAAAAAAAAAACAAAAAAAGUAAAUAAGAAAAAAGGUUUUGAUUUGCAGCCACAAUGAAGCGUAUUUAUGCCGAUACGUAUGCGCCCAAGUACCACAGUGGCAAGUGGUCAUGGGACAAGAAAACCGACAGUCUGCACUUUGAGCCCCACAACGACUUGUCGGACGCAAGGGAGCGCUAUAUUGAGACAAACGGAUACAAAUUUCUGCGGACAAUCAACCAGGAGGAGGAACUGAUCUUUCGGCAGGAGUUUGUGCGCUCUCAAGCCACUUUUGAUACGGACACUGUUGUGAUAAACGAUGUGCGCGAUCUGGUGUUAUUUAUGAUGCCCAAAGAAUUUCUGACCACCAAAUUUCUUGAGUUUAUACAUAAGCCUGCCGUGCACAGAUUGCUUCACGCUCUAAUCAUUUACUUCGAGUACUUUUUGCGAAUGGUCGAAUUUGUGCUGAUCCGACGGGAUGAGCUCGCUGGCAACAUGGCCCAGAUACAGAGCGAGCAGACAAAUGAAAUGAAGCGCAUAUUCUCGAUAUACUUGAGUCAAUAUCGCAUGCUGGUGGCACGAAACUAUAGCGUAAUCCUCAAGGGUGAAGGCGACAUGGCGGAGUUCUAUCACAUGAAGGAGAUUGUCAAUAUUUCGGCGACCAUUAAGGAUAAGUUCUUUCACGAACAGUUUCUGGCCGUUGCCACGCAGAUCGUAUGGAUUACUUUGCACAGGCGCGCCUACAACGUGAUCGAGAUGGAGAUGAAUCGACUGUUUCGCUCUGAGCACUUUGUAUGCAAUCAUCCAGAGUAUCUGAAGUUCACACCCAUGGAGCGCAGCUUGCUCUAUGGUCGCAAUAACAAGAUUGUUAACUACCGCACCCAGGUCUCGCCGUUGAUUCAGGAGCUGGAGCAUAUACCCGACGAGGAUAUGGCCAUUCUGUGGAUUGGUGAGCGCAAGUAUCGGGGCACCGACACUCGCAUUGUCCAGAUCGAGCUAGAGUAUAUUGUGCCAGGCCCCCAGCUGUUCAUGAUCGAUGUUACCCACGGCAUUCUGGGACAUCCAAAGAUAUUGUACGACACCACUCUGAACCUGAACUGGCCCGCGGUGCGUUUUGCCAACUACUCUGUUGACCACGAUCCAUAUAAGAUUGUGCGGCAGCCGCAUCUGCAAAUACCCAACAUUAAUGAGAUGAAGAUGCGCAAAAUGUCCAAGUUCUACGAUCAGUUUUUCAAGGUAUAUCGCAUCUACGAGCCGUGCUCCCCGCAUAUGCUAUAUAAGUGGUACCGGCGCGAGAAGGUGAUUAAGUUUUAUCGCACUGGUGGCGUCUUGCAAGACAUCUAUGUGCGCUGCAAAAAGGAUCUGGCCAGCCAGAAGUAUGGUCCGGCUGUGGAUACCAUUAUUUCCAAAUACUUUAAGAUUGUAUCCAGGCUCCGUAAAACCACAGCCAACACUACAGUUGCUGAUCGAUCAAGCAGGGGUACUACUGCCUUUAACACGCCUAAGCAACAGACAAAGGCACGCAAAAUAGGUGAAGAUCAUUUCUUUGAAGAAGCGUAAAGUUGGGUUUGAAUGGAAAUCUUAUAUAGUGCAACAGAAAGUAUAUCACAAAUAAACGAGCAUACACAAAAGUAAUACUCCA